CCUCCGCCAUGUGAUGACGGACAGACUGUAUCACCGGAGCGAUGCUUGAAGUCACUCUCAUCAGCAACAAAGCGAAGCAACAGCAGCAGCAGCACUGACGUAAACCAUCCACCACAUCACCGGAAUCAUACGGACCAGGACCGACACCAUAUCGUCUCCUCCGAAGGACGUAUAGGAUGGAAACGGAGCGCUGAGAGAGACUGGGAUCGUGAUAAUGCUCGGACUCCAAUUCACGGCAACAUUUGAAAUGCGCGUUAAAUGGAGACUCAUGACAAGAGAUGCUGCAGGGUGCCGCAUUGCCUGGCCGCUUGAUGAUGGUAGGAUAGAGCAGCGCUUUUAACCGUGAUGCUCGUUCUUAGAUGCUUUCGGGGUGGGAUUUGUAGUCGAUUGAAUGCCUCAGAUUUGAUCAUACGCAAACUAAGACGAUUUCAGCCUGCUUAAGCCAUACAUGCAUACACAUAUACAAUCGAUGAGCACGACCAGAUGAAUGUGAAUUUACGUUGCAGAACAAGCAUUAAUAAACCCACAAUACAGGUGAACUCAGAAGGAGUAUAUGAGGUGAACUAACAGUGUCGUAGCUAACACUCAGGACCAUCUCCGAAGUCAGGUUUUUAUUUGCCAGCACUGCUGUGAUAGGGCUCUUUAUGAUUGAUAUUUUCAUCAUCAGUUAGGUAAUAUACAGUGAUAGUAUACACAGUCAGUCUUGGUUCAGUGCAAGGACAAUGACUCAUUUACAGGCAGGCCUGUCUCCAGAAACCCUGGAGAAAGCCAAGGUGGAGUUAAAGGAGAACCCCGACACUUUGCAUCAGGACAUACAGGAGGUUAGGGACAUGAUCAUCACCCGUCCAGACAUUGGCUUUCUCAGGACAGAUGAUGCUUUCAUCCUGCGCUUUCUUAGAGCCCGGAAAUUUAACCAUUUCGAGGCCUUCCGCCUCCUGGCCCAGUACUUUGAGUACCGGCAACAGAACCUUGAUAUGUUCAAGAACCUCAAGGCCACCGAUCCGGGGAUCAAGCAGGCUCUGAAGGAUGGAUUUCCUGGGGUUCUGUCCAAUUUGGAUAGAUACGGGAGGAAGAUUCUGGUUCUGUUCGCGGCGAACUGGGAUCAGAGCAGGUACACUUUUGUGGAUAUUCUGCGAGCUAUUUUACUUUCUCUGGAGGCAAUGAUAGAAGACCCCGAGCUACAAGUAAAUGGAUUUGUCUUGAUCAUUGACUGGAGUAACUUCACUUUCAAGCAAGCUUCCAAGUUAACUCCAAGCAUGCUGAGAUUGGCAAUUGAGGGCCUGCAGGAUAGCUUUCCAGCAAGGUUUGGAGGGAUUCAUUUUGUCAACCAACCUUGGUACAUCCACGCUUUGUACACAGUCAUCCGGCCUUUCCUCAAGGACAAAACAAGAAAAAGGAUUUUCAUGCAUGGAAACAAUCUGAACAGCUUGCACCAGCUGAUCUUGCCUGAGAUUCUGCCAUCUGAGCUGGGUGGCAUGCUGCCUCCUUACGACAUGGGCACCUGGGCCAGAACGUUGCUGGACCACGCGUAUGACGAAGAGACGGACUACUGCCCUGAAUCCUAUACCUUGUCUGUCAAAGACCUGGAGAAAGAUCUGUCCCCCAAAACUAUGAAAAGGUCCCAGUCUGUGGUCGAACCAGGUGUCCUGAAACGACCAGAGAAAGUGAAAAGCGAAGAAGAAAACAUGCAGCCGCUGCUUUCUCUGGACUAAAGGCUUUUAAUUCCCCAGGCAACGAGGAAAUGUCAAGCCCCGUACGCUGGGGAGGAGCGCACCUUGUUCCUGUAACACGAGAAGAAAAAAAAAUACAAAGAAAGGAAAUGUUAAAAAGCGAAAGAACACACGAACAGCCUCCAGGAACACUGCAGAGAGCUGCCGGUUUAAAUGAUAUUUUUGAAGCAAAGAGCUAAGGGCGGACGUCCGUAUGUAAUUGUCAAGUGCCAAUUCAAAUCUGUAAAUACACUCCAGUUCUAGACGUGAGAUUGAGGGAGUAAUUGUGACAUGAACCUGUAAAGACUGCUGUGAAUAUCCUGUGUGUGCUUCUCGUGAUUAUUAUGUAGAACAUGGUGCUGUAGGAUGGGUAAUCAUGCUUAUAAAGAUUCACAAGCUUUGGGGUUUCCGGCAUUUAUAAUCCCCAAAUCAGAAGUCGCUCAGGAGUAUUUCGAAAGGAACGCAUAAAGCUGUUGACGGUGUCAGACAGGCAUAUGCUUCUUCCAUUAAAGGAAACACCAUCAUUGGUCCAGGUUUCAGUGUUUCACAGCAAAUACCCCUUUACGAAGAAAAGAUUUUUCUAAUGAGCGUUUGCUAAUAUUAUUUUAACGCGCGUUUUCGGUUUAGUAUUCUUAUAUCCCAGAGAGGUCGAGUCACAUUUAGUAGGCUUUAGCUGAUUCUUCACUGAUGGCCUUGUUGUUUACACUCUGUCGUAGAUCUAUGGAAUAUUGCUUUAUUUAAUAACCAUUUCCAUAUUAGACUAAGUUGGUUUCCAAGGCAUUUGUAUUCACACCAAGGACCAGAUACAUUACAACAAAGUACCGUCUUUGCCAUCUUUUCAACUUCAGAGUCAUUUCUGCUGAAGUUAAAGGAAUAGUUCACACAAAAAUAAGUAUUCUCUGUUUAUUUACUCACAUAUUUUAGUAUCAUUGAGAUACCAUUGUAGUUUUUAUUACUAUUUUGAUUAUUUUUAUUAACUAAAUGAAUAGUUAAAACUCUAUAUGUUGAUAUAUAUAAUAUAUUUGCUGGCCAUAUGUUGAUAUUUUUCCAUGAAAACACGAAAGGAGAGAUUUGAGGAGUUUGGAACAACACGAUGGUGAGUAAAUAAAGACAAGACGUUCGUUUUUGGUUGCACUAUUCACUGGAACACUAACACAGAGGAUUACACAGAGCCACGAAGGUGUUGUAUAUAGUGACACAUGCUAGUGCAUGCCUCCACAUGCUUCUCUUGGUCAGCUUAUGGUUUAGAUUGUGUGAAAAUGGUUUACUCUAAAUUACUCGGCUGUUUUAUGAUGCCUGGGGUGUUGGCAAUAGGUUUUUACAGCGGUUAAGUUUCAAGCCCAAACGAGUGAAUUUAACACACAGAUAAUUUCACCAUUUGAUACUUUGUGAGUGCGUGUAAGGAACAAGGGCAAUAUACACUACAUUUAAAAUACAUAAUGUACAUAAAAAUCUUCAAGGCUUUCACUUUUGCUGAUAUUUUUUUCUCCAUGGGAGAAAAUAAUUACACAUUCUCAUUGAUUUUGAGCAAAUUAUACUUCCCAGACACAGAUUUCGAUAUAAAUACGUAAUCAAAGCUUCUAGCUUGGCUAAACAGUCAAUUUAGGAAUACUGUGGUUAUUUUGUGUGAUACAUAAUGUAAAAUUCUGUGGGUACAGCUUUGUACAGUGGCUCAGUUUGGUCCUGUUUUUAUUUUCUUAUUUCAUAUAAAUCAAUAACUACUCAACUAUUACACAUACAUUGCUGUACACUUGCAUAUAUGAUGACAUACAAUAUGGAUGUAUUGACAGCAUCUAAUGUAUCUAACAUACACACAGAUUUAGAAAUCAAUAGAUUACAUACAGUACAAUCAGCCUAACAAUUUCAUGAAUCUCCAAAGUUGUUAGUUAUAUGUUAGAUGCUGUUAAUACAUUACUUGUAUUCAGUGUUUAUGCAAACACCUUGAUUUUUUUCCCAUCUGUAGCUUUUGAACACUAAGACUUUACAAUUUACAGUACAAUGAUAUAGCUCGUGUUAAGGAAGGUGAUAUCUGUUUUUUAUUUGCUAAAACUAAAGUCUGCCCACUCUCACGACUCAUUGGGCUUCUAACAUCUCAAAGAGCGAUUUUUUUUCUCUAAAACCUUGCAAUAUCAUUCUGAACAGAAUCAGGGAGAACAAAAAUUUGAAAAUUGGCUGUUUUGAAUCAGAAUGUAUUUCCCAGAGAGUAAUGGUGUUAUGUACAGUAUAGUCAUUAUUACACUUCAUGUGUCACAUUCAGAUAUUGUGAGCAGGAAGGCCUCAAAUGAUGGUGUAAAUUGUUUCAGCAUAUAUUUAGUAGAGCUCUGUUAAUGCCAUGAUCAGUAUUUUAAUACACCUUGAAUUUAUUUGUAUUUAUGUACAUGCUUUGUUCAUGCUGCAUUAUGAACAGCCUUGUUUGUAUUUUAGGCAAUCAGAAUGUUGAUCAAAUUGUCUCCAUUUUCUAGCCUUGCUUUCUAUGGAUAUGUACAUGUAUUGCCAUUACAACCAAAGCAACCCUGGGUCAAAGAAACCAACAAUUAUCCCAUGCUUUUCUAAAGACUACAGGAACAAUAUUUCUUUGAUUGUUGGCUUAUCUUUUCCAUAUCACUUUGAUUGUAUAAUAGGGUGUUAGUGCUGAGAAGCUCAUGCAGUAUAGAGGUAUUAUCAUGCAGAACAAUACAUGUGGUUUAAAGGAACAUGUUGAAUGGAAGUAAAUAUGUGUAUAUGUCCUUUCAAAAUGCUGAGAUAAAUUAUGUAACUGAAACUAAACUGCGAAAGGAAAAAAAGCAGCCAAUAAAUAUUCAUAUACAUA